AUGCUCAAAAGAAGGACCUCGUCGCUUGACUCGGUGAGAUUGCUGGGUGAUCCCGUUAUCGGCCGGGAGCCCGCCAAACCCUCAGAACCUUCGGAAGCCACCUCCAGAUGUCUGCGACUUCAAGUCCAAAAUGAUGGAAAGACCAGUUUCACCGCCGUCGACUUGUCACAGACCAAACCCAACCCUGACGAAGCCCUGGAACCCUCUCAAGAUUACGAUCUGAUAUACCUCGUGGAAGCUCAUAGCGACCUUCAGGCAACGCGUUUGGCAAAUAUGGGGUUGUACCUGCCCCCAGAGUUCUUCCCAGCCCAUCUUGGACGCGGCUCAGGACACAAAAUGGGCUUCCACCAGGACAGAUCUACCGGUAGUUUCUUUGUCAGCUGGUCAGAACCAGCCCUGCAAAAGUCUGAAGGUUGGAAAAUGGAGAAGAAGAUUCGCGCGGGAACGCCAUGGGAUACAGACCAAACUGCCGACCCCCAAUCCACAUACGAGAGCCAUUGUCGAUGGGGAACGUUUCCGGAGGGGGUAUAUAGACCAUACCAUCCGCUUCACCCAUCACAGAGGAUGGAGAGUGUUGUUCUUCAUCAUGCCUCAACGCGCAUGUCGUUUCAUUACUCGAGACGGGAGAAUGGUCAACUUGUUGGGUGCCUUCUGGUCGAUCCACAAAGAAUGCAUACAGUCAGGCAGGUGAACCUCAACUUGUGGUCUGGAGACAUAGGCUCCAAACCUCUGCCGAAUCAGCCCUGUUUUAUCCUCGAGACGACAGCCCUAGACCGUAUCAAAAGGGCGCUGGAUGCCCCGAGUCCGUUUCGAGGAAGACAAAACGAUACUUGGCUCAUACAAACGAUGCUUGGUUUUGUGGUGGAUGAUAUGCCAACCAUCCUGUUCGAGCUGGGUCGGGGGUUGGACGAGGUCGAAUUGUAUUUGGGCGAAGACGAGCAGCUGCGCUCCUCGGUGCCGCAGUGGAGAGAUUAUCUUGGCCGAUGGCGGAACACCCUCGCCAACCUUCGGGUCUCUGUCCGGUAUAUGAUGGAGAAACUUGAGCAGCACACCAAGGAGAGGCCCCGUCAGUUGGUCCCGCCAUACGGCGAUGACUCGGAGCAAGUGAUAGCAUGGCGACUCAACCAGAUCAACGCUGAACUCGAGGCGAUUCGAAAUAGAGUCGAAACGGCUUUUCAAGCGCUUAUGUCGACCCUCAGCAUUUUAGAGAGCCAGCGGGCCAUCGCCCAAGCCGAGUCGAUAUCGAAGCUUACACAGCUGGCCUUCUUCUUUAUACCACUGAGCUUCAUUGCUGCUGUUUUUGGGAUGAACGUAAUUGAAUUUCAAGACCAAUACACCUGGCCACGAUGGCUGGGAGUGUCCAUAGGCGUCACCGCUGUCACAUACCUUGCGCUAUACUUCUCCACCGUCCAGACCGCUGUCACCCACACCAUCCCGAGCACAAUCGCUCGCAGCAUCAACUGGCCUUCCAUCGGGCGGGUUGGCAACCGUCUCAUAAAGUUCAUGACAGCCCUCACCACUGCCAGCACGAUCUAUAUGCUCUUGAUAUUCACCGUUCUCUCAGGUCUCUUCAUUGGUCUGAGCUUCGUAGGCUUCAGGUUAGAGAUGCCACUUGGUGGGGUUGUGGGUGUGUCACUGGGUAUGGCUAUUGUCGCUGUGGGACUGAUACUUUUAUCUUUCGUCUGGCUCGGCUUUUUGCGGAAGAAAGUGGAGGGGUACGGCCCAGUGACAACGUCCAUAUAUGAUAGGGGUGGGAGUGGGCUUCAGCGGCGGGAAUCGGAUAUAGAGCUGGUGAGGAGGCUGAACAUAUAG